AUGGCUAGCCCCACAGAGAACACCGAGGGCUUCUUCUCGGAUGUCAGAAAGGUGGGUUACUUGCGCAAACCCAAGAGCAUGCACAAACGCUUCUUCGUGCUGAGGGCAGCCAGCGAGUCUGGACCCGCCCGGCUGGAGUAUUACGAGAAUGAGAAGAAAUGGAGACACAAGUCGGGGGCCCCCAAGCGCUCCAUCCCGCUGGAGAGCUGCUUCAACAUCAACAAGCGGGCAGACUCCAAGAACAAGCACCUGGUGGCCCUCUACACCAAGGACGAGCACUUUGCCAUCGCGGCUGACAGUGAGCCUGAACAGGAGAGCUGGUACCAGGCGCUGCUGCAGCUGCACAACAGGGCCAAAGGCCACCACCACCUCCAUCACCACCACCACCACCACCACAGCGAUGUCACCUUUGGGGGCAGCAGUGCGGGGCUGGGGGAAGCGGGCGAGGACAGCUACGGUGAGGUAGCCCCUGGCCCGGCUUUUAAGGAAGUUUGGCAAGUGAUUCUGAAGCCUAAGGGCCUAGGCCAGACAAAGAACCUGAUUGGCAUCUACCGCCUGUGCCUGACGAACAAGACCAUCAGCUUUGUGAAGCUGAAUUCAGAUGCGGCCGCUGUGGUGCUGCAGCUGCUCAAUAUCCGCCGCUGUGGUCACUCGGAGAACUUCUUCUUCAUUGAGGUGGGGCGCUCGGCUGUCACUGGGCCCGGUGAGUUCUGGAUGCAGGUGGAUGACUCGGUGGUGGCGCAGAACAUGCACGAAACCAUCCUGGAGGCCAUGCGAGCCAUGAGCGAGGAAUUCCGGCCCCGCAGCAAGAGCCAGUCCUCCUCCAACUGUUCCAACCCUAUCUCCGUGCCCCUCCGCAGUAGGCACCACGUCAACAACCCUCCACCCAGCCAAGUGGGGCUCAGCCGCCGGUCCAGGACUGAGAGCGUCACGGCCACCUCUCCUGCCGGCGGCGGAGGUACGGGUGGCAAACCCAGCUCUUUCCGGGUUCGGGCAUCGAGUGACGGGGAAGGCACGAUGUCAAGGCCUGCCUCCGUGGACGGUAGCCCCGUCAGUCCCAGUGCCAACCGGACCCACUCGCACAGGCACCGUGGCAACUCCAGGCUCCAUCCUCCGCUCAACCACAGCCGGUCCAUCCCGAUGCCUUCCUCGCGCUGUUCUCCUUCAGCCACCAGUCCAGUCAGCCUGUCAUCCAGCAGCACUAGUGGCCACGGCUCCACCUCGGACUGCCUGUUUCCACGAAGGUCUAGCGCUUCAGUUUCCGGCUCCCCUAGCGAUGGCGGAUUUAUUUCUUCUGACGAGUAUGGUUCCAGCCCGUGUGACUUUCGCAGCUCUUUUCGCAGCGUGACCCCGGAUUCGUUGGGACACACCCCGCCAGCUCGGGGCGACGAAGAGCUCAACUACAUCUGCAUGGGGGGGGGGAAGGCCACCUCCUCCUGCUGCAGCCUGGCAGCCCCCAAUGGCCACUUCAUCCCGCGCACCUGCCACCCACAGCAACACCCCCGCUACCCGAGCACACCCUGCUGUCCUCGAGGGGGGAGCGAGGAGGUUGCCGACUUGGAGAAGGCGUUCAGGAAGCGGACUCACUCCGCGGGCACUUCGCCCACCAUCUCCCACCAGAAGACGCCCUCGCAGUCUUCGGUGGCCUCCAUUGAGGAGUACACGGAGAUGCUGCCUUCCUACCCCUGUGGUGGCAGCCGGCUGCCCUCCUCAGCCUUCGUGCCCACUCACUCCUACCCAGAGGAGUGCCUGGAGAUGCACCACCUCGACGGCGGCCAUCAUCGGACCAACUCCGCCCCGCACACGGACGACGGCUACAUGCCCAUGUCACCCGGCGUAGCCCCCGUGCCCGGCGGCGGGGGGCCCCCCAAGGGCGGCGACUACAUGCCCAUGAGCCCCAAGA